UUGACCAGAUUGGGUUUAUGAAUUGGUAGUUCAAAAUCUUCCAAAUCUUAAAUUAAAUCGAAAAGAGAGUGUGAUUGAAUCCGAAAAUCAAUUCGAAACCAGCUCAGAUAAGAAAGAUUCACAAAAAAGAUACAUUGAUAAAAGAGAGUGACUGAAUGGGGAAUUCAAUUCGACACCGGCAAACACAAGAAGAGAAUUAUACAAACAGAAGCAUAAACAUUGUGGAGGCUGCGGUCUUAGGGAAGAUACAAGAUUUCGAGAGUAUGUAUGUUAUAUGUACAGAAAUCUUCGAGCUUACGAUGUUGGAGGAUAAAAUUAGAAUACUUAAAGAGAUGUUGGAUUUCACGAGAGACUUGAAAAUGGAAGACAUGAGCAGACUAAAAUAUUUUAUGGCUGACUUGGUCGAGUUGGCUCAAGAUGUCAUGGACAUAGACAUUUACAGUUUCCUUCAAAUUCUCAAAGUUGAGAAACUUGAAGAUGAGAUCAAGAUGACAAAGAUGCGGAUGAUAAACUUUGGAGCUGUUGAGAAAAAUAUUGGAGACGAAAAAGAAGAAGAAGAAGUUGUGGUGGGAUUGGAGGAACACGUUAAGAAUUUUGUUAAGAGUGUGAUUUUAAAAAAUUCUCAUGACUUGCAGAUUAUGUCUAUAAAAGGCAUGAUUGGUAUCGGGAAGACAACUCUGGCCAGACAACUGUACAAGGCCGGGGCUGGCCAGUUCCAGCGUCAUGCUUGGGUAUGCAUUUCUAGUGACAUGAGUAAGAAAGAGAUACUUAUGAAACUGAUACAGCAAAUGGUGGUAGGAUAUGCCGAAAGAAAGCCGUCAUUGGAAGAAAUGGACAACCGAAGUCUCCAACAGAUGCUUGUCUGGUACCUGCGAGAAUUUUCAUAUUUCAUAGUUUUGGACAAUAUGCCGAAUGAAAUGGGAUUGAAGUCCAUCUUGCAAGGUCUUCCAUCUGAAGGUAUAUAUCUCCAUCCGUUUUGUUCAUCUUAGAAACAAACAAAGAAAGUUUUCUUUUAUGACUAUA